CCAAAAAAUCAAUUUCUAGUCCCGUUUUACUUACAUUUGUUGCCGAGAAGUUUGUGAUUAUGGAUCGAGUGGUCAAGAGGGAAAAGGGAGAGAAGGUGAGGGGAGAACCGAUGGAAACGGCGUCGUGGGAGGAGGAGGAGAUCAUGAUGAAAUCCACGGACGUGGACGACGUAAUUCUGGCGGAGCUGUACAGGUCUCCCAAUCCCAAGUCCAGGCCCUCUUCCUCCACGGCCAAGCAAAAGAAGCCAAUGGAUAAAAAGGAAGCGCUCUCGAGCUUCAAGAAAGAGCGUCCGGAAUCGAUGGUUAAGCAUGCUGUGACAAGUCAGGCAAUGAAGGCUGUGAUAAGCUCUAUGAAAGGUAAAGCUGCGGAUGGACUUGGUGGAGCCAGGUCAUCGGCGGUAUUUGAAGCUGAGGAACUUCGGUUGAAUCUUCCACAAGAAUACCCUAGCUUUGUCAAAUCUUUGGUCAGAUCACAUGUUGCUAGUUGUUUUUGGAUGGGGCUUCCCGGGGCGUUCUGUAAGGCAUACUUACCAGGUAAGGAUACUACAGUCAUUUUGGAAGAUGAAUCUAGAAAACAAUAUGAGUUGAAAUACAUUGCAUGCAAGACUGGAUUGAGUGCUGGUUGGAGACAGUUUUCUGCUGCACACAAAUUGCUCGAGGGAGAUGUUUUGGUCUUCCAAUUAGUUGAACCUACCAAAUUUAAGGUUUACAUAAUAAGACCAAAUGAUUUAACUGAAGUGGAUGGGGCUCUUGUGCUACUAAAUUUGGAUGCUCAGACAAAACAAAGUUCUGCAGGUUCCAGUAAUACCAAGAGGAAACGGCCAAAGCCUCAUGGUCUCUUAGAAAAGAAGAAAAAGACUGACCCGCCGAGAUCUGUUCCUAACCUUGGACCGCCAGCAGAACAAUCUGAAAACGAAAGUGAGGAGGUUGUUUCGGAAGUUUUGGAAGACUUUAAGUUGCCGGAUCCAGCUAUCCAGUUCAAAGACAUCAAAAGUUUUAAGAAUUUCUGCAUUCUAGUAGAUGGAAUUUGUAUGGAUUCUGAGUUCUCUGAGGAUGUUCGGAAGAAAUACUACAAGCUCUGCUAUAGUCAGAAGGCAUUUCUUCAUGACAGUCUAGUAAACGGCAUCAAUUUUAUCUUGGUUGUUGGGAUUAUUUCCGAGACUGUCAAUAUUGCCGAUGCCAUAAAAGCUAGCAAGCUUACCACCUCUCGAGAGGAAUUUUCUGCUUGGGACAAGACUUUGCAAGCCUUUGAGCAUUUAGGCAUGAAUGUAAGGUUCUUACGUUCUCGGCUCCGGCGGGUUAUAAGCCUUGCCUAUGAAUCAGAAAGUGCCACAAAUACAAGGAGGUACUUCGAAGCUAGAACUGAACAAGGUUGCGCAGAAGAUGAAAUAAGGAAUAUUGAAGCAAAACUAUCGGAAUUAAAGGAAGCCUGUUACGGAUUUGGUGCCUAUAUUGAUAACAUGAAGUCGAAAGCUGAAAGCUACGAGUUCAAGUUCCAGGAGCUGUGUGAGAAGGAGCUUUAGAUACUCGCAAUAGUUGAACACCAUGCAUGUGGUGGAGAGAAACUUUACUGGCUUGCUUGCCUACCAUUUUUAUUGUGCUUCUAUUCUCCCAUGUGUAACAGUAGCGUCUUUUCAUGAGCAAAUGACUGCUUUACUGUCGAAACUGGAAAAU